CCCACCCAUCUGACAAGAAAAAGAGUUCCGGGUUCUUUCCCAGCCGAGAGCUGCUCGCGUCUGCUGCUUGUACCGCGGCGUUCACACGGCGGCACCAUGUCUCUUCUCCUGGAUAACGAAUUCAGCGAGCUGCCUCCUGACAAGUCGGUGGACACGAAGUCGUUCCUGGAGGCUGUCUCACAUCUGCCUUCCUUUUUCGACUGUUUGGGAUCAAAAGUAUUUGCAGUCAUCAAGUCAGACAUUAAUGGGAAUAUUGUGAAAAUUAAAACCGUAUAUCUUAAGGAUCCUGAGAAGUAUGUGACCCUGCAGGCCAUCGUGGAGGCAGAGCGAGAAGCCCAUGCAGCAGAAUGGCCUAAAGUUGGAGCAACGCUGGCUCUGAUGUGGCUGAAAAGAGGUCUCCGUUUCAUACAGAUCCUCCUGCAGAGUUUGGCAGAUGGAGAAAGGGAUGAGAACAACCCCAACUUAAUUCGGGUUAAUGUCGUCAAAGCCUACGAACAGGCCCUGAAGAAAUACCACGGCUGGAUUGUACAGAAGGUUUUUCAUGCUGCGUUACUUGCAGCUCCCUACAGAUCAAACUUCCUCAAGGCUCUGUCAAAAGGAGAGGAAGUGAAAGAAGAGGAAUGUCUGGCAAAUGUGCAUCAGUUCCUGGUUAAUUACACUCCCACUGUGGACGCCAUUUACGAGAUGUACACAAAUCUGAACGCAGAGCUGGACUACACCGUUUGAUGUCCCGAGACACAACUGGAUGUGUCCCACAGCAUUAUGCUGUCUGUCAGACCUCUCAGAAGUCCGGUUUUUCAGGGAUCUUUAAUAAGGUUGUUUUAAAAAAAUGUGAUUUCAGAGUGCUAUUUAUGACUUUGAUUGCUUUGAUUUGAUUGAUUGUUUUUUUUUUUCCUUUCAGUAUGCUAUUUAUUACUUUGAUUUGAUUAAUUGACACUGUAUAUUUGGUCUUAAAAAUGAUGCCUUGGACAUCAUAGCAGAAGAUGGUGUUUUUUUUGCACUUAAUUUCAAGUAACUGCAAGACUGUUGGAGCAGCAGUGCAGCUCUCACACCUCUACAGAAUUGUGUUAUUGUGUGGGUUGCUGCUAUAUUUAUGGCAUUAGCAGGUGGCUUUCACCUGUUCCACCAGAAGAAGAGUACAAGACUGGAAACACUGUUAUUACAGGAAAGCGUUUCUGUUAAUGUCUCACAUUCAGGCCUUGUCUGCCUCCUGGGCCCAGCAGUUACCUCCACAGCAGCUCCAGGACUAAUUAUUAAAAUUAGCAACUCAUUAUACAUGUGUUUUAAUAGCUUGAAUCCCCUUAGUGCCUUGUUGUUACUCGGUAAAUACACCAUAGGGUUUAGUAAGGAAGCUCAGAAUUAUUAUGUGUGCAGUUCUAUUUCAUAUGCAAGACAGAAGUCAGCAGAAGUGACUGUUUUACCUGAGUGGAGUUUUUGCUUUGUUUGUGUUGAAUAAGGAGGCGUGGUUGUCCUGUGUUUUGUUCUCCUGUGGCUUAUUUUGUUUCUGUUCAUGUCUCAACUACUUAACUUCUUUUGCCCAAAAAUUACAAUGUCAAACUUUUUUUUUUUAAUUUCCUGUACACAUUUCUGAAGAUAGAUAGAUAGAUAGAUACUAUUGAUAACGAGGGAAAUUCAAGAAUAAUCUGUUUGUCAGAUCUACAUUUUCUGUGUGGAUACUUUAAGAUGGGCUCUUUAGUUCUGGAUUAUUGACUGAUCAAAUGUGUUCUUAUUCUUAUCACAAGAUUUUAAUGUGUAACUUAAAGUGUUUGAACCUAGUUGAACAACUGUAACCCAAUAGAAAUGAAUCUUGCAGUUCAUAAAUUAUACUCUAGGUGGCGAUAUUCACUAAGUUUUCAUCUCAAAAUCCCAUUUGUGACGUAGCUACUGUAUGAACUAAGCGAAAUUAUGUUUAGUGACUAAAAAUCAUGCGCUGUAUGAAAUGUAGAUACAGUUCCAGACUUUGAUCUGUGAACUUUUGAUUUAUGUUGCCUUUUUGCAAGAGCAGAUUUGUGCCUUUUGAAAAGCUAUUUUGGUGGACCACAGUCUGAUUUGCUCUUUUUAAGAGUGAUUGCUGAAAAGAAUAUUAAUACACGUGAAUUUGUACAUUAAUAUUUUAAAACAUCAGAAGUAAAUUGAAGGGAAAUCCGC